ACCCAGCGGCCGGCAUGUCUGGAUCGCAUUGUAGACAGCCAAUUUAAUGAUUCAUAAAUAAAUGUUAAAUUGUUUUUGUUUUAUAAAUUAAUGUAGAUUAUAAAUCGUUGAGCCAGCUAUGUAGUUCUUGGGUACGGGAGCGCGGGACCAUUUAGCUCUAAACUGUAUGCACUGGGCAGUCGGGUGCUCUGGAUUCGUACCGGUCCCCUUUUAAAUUUUUUGAUCAACGAACAUCCAAAUAUUAUAUGCAGCAUUUUGGUAUUUCUGUAAAUAUUUGUUUGAAGAAACAGUAAAGACUACACACUUUGAUUGAUUCCAAUCAUGUAAAAAAAUUUCCAAAAAUGCGUUGUCCGGGAAUCGAACCCGGGUCGCCCGCGUGGCAGGCGAGCAUUCUACCACUGAACCAACAACGCUUGCUUCUGUUGAAUACUGUGCAACAAUUGACAUAGUGGCAGAUGCUUUUCUUUGAAAUUAACCUUUCGCUGCAGUUUUUUUAAGUGUACAGUACUCGUACAUUACGUUACAGUACGCUGUACAGUCAUUACUCUAGAAUCCUAGAUUCAAGAAUCGUCACACCAAUAACGUCAUGGUUCUGCGUUAAUUAUGUUUUUGAAGAAAACAGAUUUAUUUGCGGUGUACUACUUAACUCGCUUAUUUCUAAAUUUGUUUGUUUGUGAAAUUAUUUCGAAAAAUUACGGGCCAUGGGAGACGGAACUGCAAAGCUCAGUUAUAAGGUUGGAAACAGCACAGCUACCGCCACAGGCCACUGAGGCCAGAAACGGAUGAAAGAGUUUUUCAGGCAGCGGUUAAUGAGGAAAGGCGAUAAUUAUUAAUUAUCUUGUGUGUCGGUGACACUGUGUGAUGGGUACAGUCCCUGAUCAGGAUAUACUUUACAUGGAUUAACGAUCUGUACUAUACUCGCAAUCUGUCCCAACUCGCAAGAUGAGUUCUAACAAGAGUCGGAAGAGAAGUUCUCUUCUGGGGAAAAUUCGCCAGCAGAUGGAAUUUUACUUCAGUGAUGCCAGUUUAAGUAAGGACCGCUUCCUGCAGGAAAAAAUCAAACAGUCGGAAGAUGGAUAUGUUCCUGUAUCUCUCUUCCUGUCCUUUAACAAGCUGCGAUCACUGACGACAGAAGAAUCUCUUAUUCGAGAGGCCGUCAAGACUUCUUCUUUGCUGCAGCUUUCGGAGGAUGGCUCGAAACUGAAACGCUGUGUGCCCAUCAACUCGGAUUUGGGACCGGUAGAUGAAAGGACUCUGUAUGCGGAAAACAUUCCGAUGCAUGCUGAUCAUGAGUGGCUCAAGAGUAAAUUUUCCGUUUUCGGGCCAGUCCAGUACAUUAGCCUCCCUAAAUUUAAGGCAUUAAAAACGAUCAAAGGGUUUGCCUUUAUCGAAUUUGACAGUCCUGCUGCGGUUCAACGUGCCUGCGAAUAUUUUGCUCUUCCUUCCGCUGAUUCUCAGCCAAUGUUUGCUAAAGAAGCCGACUUGCCGAGCGUUCCCAUUGUGACUAUUCAGGAUUUCGACGAGGACGAAAUAUCUGCCGCACAUGGAACGAAACGCCGACACGACGAUGUGGACACGGAAACUCCGGCUCUCCUUCCAUCUAAUGUUUCCGCAGAGUCAAAGCGUCACGAAGGUGAAGUUCCAGUCGCUCCUAAACCGAUGUACCGGUUGCAGACAAAACCCAAAGGAGCACCUAGCAAACCCAAUGCUCCUAUCCUUGAUCUCCGUCCUUUGAAAGUGAUGCCCAAAACCCAGUGGAUGGAAUUGAAGAAGCGCUACCUGGAUCUGCAGAAAGCCAGCUAUCGUGCCAUCAAACAGAAACUCAACAUGCUUAACGUUGGGGAUGAUGAUCAGUCAGAAAGUAACGGAAUGAAAGAUGAUGUUGACCUAAUGAUGGAUAGCGACGAUGACGAGAUGUCGGAAGUGUCGGUGGAUAAGGUCAAACCGCAGUCGCCGCACAGGAGAGUGCAAGCACAAAAGAGGCCGCAGAAACUGAGUGCUCCCACCAAUUCCCCUGUUAAAUCGACGGAGAAGAGUGUUAACCAGGUGCUCGGUGCCAUUCUGCACUGGACCCUGUCCACUCCGAUGGAAGACCGGAAAAAGUUAAUUCAAGAUGUUCGCACCAUCAAACAUGUGGAAUUUGUGGAUGUGCAGAACCCUACGGAGGUUAUUGUGCGAUGUGCUACCGCCGAGGGUGCUAAGGAAGUUCGAGAGGAAUUAAUGAAGCGGGAUAGUGGAAAUGUGAUCCGAAUUCUUGAGGGUGACGAAGAGAAGGCCUACUGGACAAAGAUUGAAAGUGAUAUGAAGAAGCGCAGUGUCAUGGGAAAGCAGCGACGCGGAAAGGCUAAGGUACGCGACGGCACUGCUCAGUCUGACGUUGUGGCCAAUGCUGAAGAAGAAAUGGAGAGUGUGGUGAAGGGAAACAUUCACAACCGGCUUCAUAUAAAAUUUGAGUAGGCGCCUAUCGUUUCCUGUUUUUGGGAAUGGCAGCACGCCUGGCUAUGGGUGUGACGUACAAUUGCCAUUAUUGCAAUCUGUAAAUACGGUACAAGGGUACUUUAGUGUUGAUUUGUUAAAGAAGUUGUUUCAGUAAGUUGAUGCCUUGAUGGUGAUUGUUGGUUUUGCUUUUACGACGGAUUGACCUACAGGAAAGUCGACUUUGCUGCUAAAAGUUUUGAUAAAUUGUUAAUGAGA